AUGAUUUGGAAAUUUCGAUCUCACAAAUCCAACGGCCGAGCCGAGCUAAUAACUGAUGGUGAAAAAAAAAUCGAUAUUGUUAAUUCCCCAAACAACAAAAAAAAAUCACGUGGUUUUAAAGCCAAGAUUAAUGAGAAACGAAGAAAAAGAAUUUUGUUGAAUUGUUUUUCAAAACACUCGAACCUUGAUACUUUGAAUAGGAUCGCACAUAUGCCUCUGCAAACUCAAAAUGUGACCAACUUCGGGGCCCAGUUGUUCCUAGGAGACAACGCAUUUACCUCUCCACAGGAUACUACCAGCUCAUUAACUCAGUUGAUUUGGGGAUGUUCGUUCCAAUAG